CAACCAUCCAGCGCUAUCGUCUGCGAGACGAGCCGCCCAAUCGAACAGCAGCUACAAACAAAGAAUCAAUCGAGCUCGACGUCGCGACGAGAACACAAAGCUCGUUCGCUGUAGAUAAUACAAUCUUAUUGACGAGCGGUUGAUAAAAGAAAAAGUUGGCUGGAGCUCGGGCUACGAAAUAAUGUGAUGGAGCGCCGUCGCGCGAUGGACGGCAGGGUCAAGAAGAGAAAGGCUGAGACACUGGAUGUCAACAACGACAGACUGUCGAAGAAGCUUAGCACUCUCAAUUUAGACCACAAUGCCGAUCACCUCCAUGCCUGCGUCGAGCAACGACCCAACACGCUCCCAGUCCUCAAGACACCAGAAAGACAACCAGUUGACGAAGAUACGAUGCGAUUAGACGAUACGAAACAUAAAGUUUACAUAUACGAUUUGGAUAAAGAGCUCGAGGAGAUCGAAUCAUCGGAGGACGAAAAUAAACUGGUCUUUUUACCAGAUAUCGAGAAGCGCCUCUUGAACAGGCGCAUACCCUCAUCUGUCCUCGCGAAUAAGGAUGGAGAACUAGCGGGAAUGAACAAAAGCCAGGCCAUGGUAUUAUACGAUAUCCCACACUCACUGACUUUAACAGACGAGAAAGACAGUGUGAGGAAAGCAAUCCUUGAGUCCAGGCGCAGGGCACAGGAGAAGCUGGGGGUAGGCCAACCAGGAGACCAUAAAGAAACAUCGGAAAUACCAGCGAAUCAGUCGGCUUCUAAGCCUCUAGUUUCAGCCCGUCCUCUCACUAACAAUAACGUUGUUAUUGACCCAGCUGUAGAGCCUAUGGCUGUAGAAGAGGGCGAGGCUGAUGGCAUGGACCUCGAUUGAUACGGUGCAGUAACAUUCAAAUUAAGUCGUUAUAUACCAUUAUACAGCAGUCAUCACAAGC